AUGAGUAGAGAACCACAAGACUUGUCCCCACUUACAGUGCCAUCAUCAUCCAACUCAGGCACACCUACAUCCCACAACAAACAGCAUAUGGUGAAAAAACCAUCUACCGAACCAAAGAGAAGACGUGUUACUCGUGCUUGUGACACCUGUCGUGCGAAAAAAGUCAAAUGUGAUGGUAGACAACCGUGCAUCCAUUGUACCGUAUAUUCAUUCCGUUGUACUUAUGAUGAACCAAACAUUAGAAAUAAAAAGAACUCAGGUAUACCGAAGCCUUCUCUGCCUAACGUUGUGGCUGCAUUACAAGCAGCUGCGGCAAAUGGAACGCUAUAUGGCGACCAACACAACCACUUGUUAAGAAACGCCUCCGCGCCAAUGUCGACGUCAUCGUCGUCCACCACUACUGCCGCUAGUGGCAGCCAGGUUGCAAAUGCUGCUACUGCUUCUCUUGGCCCUACCGUUCCAAAUGGUGUACCUAUCGAUUCAUUUCCCACAAAGAAUUUGAUUAUUGCUCAACAGAUUAUAAACACAUUACUCCCCAAACUACAAUUCAACUGCUUAGACCAAAACCUAGACUUUGAUUUAGAUAGAUUUCAAAAAGUCAUUACUUAUAUGUGUCAAAAGUCGUCCUCAUUGGUUUUAAGCACGAAUGAAAUUGCCGACUUGACGAAUGAUAGGGAGGCUAUAGUACCACCGCCAAGAAAAGCGUCAGCGGAAACUUUGAGCGAAGAUUAUACCGCCACCACGCCUCUUGAAGUCAAGUUGAUUCUUCCUAGCAAAGAAGAGGCAUUAAACUUGAUUUACAUUACUUGGACCAAAGCAUGUGUUUUGUUUCGGUUUUAUCAUCGUCCCUCGCUUAUCCAAGAGAUUGAUUUAUUGUAUUCAUUGGACCCAAGUGAAUAUGGCGAUCGACAACAAAAAUUUCUUCCAUUCCUUUAUUCAAGUUUAGCAUGCGGAUGUUUAUUCAGCAAGUCGCCUUACAAAAAGACGGCGCAUAAUGAGAAUUUAGAGGAUGAUGGAUUCAAGUAUUUCUUGGAGGCUAGAAAAUUGAUGGAUAUCACCAAUGUGGGAGAUAUAAGCUCAAUUCAAACAAUUGUCAUGAUGAUUAUGUACUUGCAAUGUUCAGCAAGGUUGUCCACGUGUUAUUCAUACAUUGGGAUAGCUCUUCGAAGUGCAUUGAAGGAAGGGUUGCAUCGUAAUUUAUCCAUUUUCCAAAAUUCUAAACGCAAGUUGGAUCCAAUGGAGAUAGAUACCCGGAAACGUUUAUUCUUCACCAUUUACAAAAUGGACAUUUACAUCAACAGUUUAUUAGGGUUGCCUCGCUCACUCACAGAGGACCAGUUUGACCAAGAGUUGCCUGAUGAUUUGGACGAUGAGAAUGUUACUAGACAGGGAUACUUGUAUGAAAAACAAGGAGGAAGAUUGAGCUCAGCCGGUUGUGCUAAUUAUCACACAAAGUUGAUGUUUAUCUUGUCGCAUAUCUUGACGGAAUUGUAUCCCGUCAAGAUUACCCAUAACGAGGGGAACAAGAACCCCAAUGAGCAACGGCAACAGGAGCGGAGUCAGGAUGAUAACGAGAAAGUGCCACAGGCAUCGCCAGCUAGCCUGCAAGUAUCGCCUCUUCUGCAACCACGUCCACACACACAAUCAUCGAAGCAGGAGUCGCAACACCCAGCACCAAAUUCUUCAUUAGCAUCAAUAACUUUGGAAGAUAAACACGCACUGGCAUCAACUACGCCUUUACCAUCUGCGCCAGAUAGAAUCCAUACUAAAGUUACUGAAUUGGAGAUGGAACUAAAAGUAUGGCUAGACAGUCUUCCACGUGAGUUACAGCCAACUGAUCCUAAUGUGAAACGUACCGAUAUUCCUGAGAAAUUUGUUCUUGCCAACUAUUAUCUCCACUUGUCGUUUUUGAAUUGUCAAAUCAUGCUUUAUCGUCCAUUUAUUCAUUUUGUUAGUGAUUCGAUGAAUGGGUCUUUAUCCGAUCCACGGUCGUUAAUCAGGGGACGCAAUUGUAUCAAAAUUGCUCGUAUGGUUGUCAAAUUGGCUAACAAAAUGAUUGACGAGCAAUUAUUAAUCGGAACUUAUUGGUUUUCAAUGUACACCAUUUUCUUUAGUAUUGCUUGUUUGAUGUAUUAUUUCCAUUUUGCCAACUAUAAUAAUAAUGGUCAUGGAGUAAAUGCAUUUGGUGUUUUAUUUGAUGAUGAUUUAAAUGUUGAAGUGAUUAAGAAGGAUAUUGAAAUUGGGAAAAAAGUAUUGGAUUCAUUGAAAGAUUCGUCAAAUAGUUCAUUACGUAUUUACAACAUGUUGAAUACGUUGUUUGAACAAUUGAAUAGAAGGACAGCGUCGAAGGCAGUAAAUAAGAAACAGCCUGUACCACAACCCACUCAACAGAAACAGCAAUCUCAACAGAGUGCAAAUAUACUUCUUCAAGAGAAUCUCAAGAGUACUUUUAAAAACUUUGAUGACAAUAACCGAUAUGUCAAUGAUUCGAAAAAGGAUGAUUUAGGUGAAUUUUUCAAAGAUGCCAGUAUUGCUCGAUUUCAAACAACGUCGGAAAUCCCUCAAGAUUUGGCCAAUAUUGAAAGACUUCUGAUUAUUAAAGAAGAGGAUAAUGAAGAAAUUGGUGGUAAUGUUGGAGGUGGACUUGCUUCCAAUUAUAUGCCGGGGGUUUUUGAUAAGCUUGAUGCGCAAAUAUUUGGCAAGAUUCUUCCGCCUUAUAUGUAUGAUCAGCAACAGGUUCCAAACAGUCAAAAGGGACCAGAGCAACCACCACAGCAACAGGAGCCCCUAAAAUCCUUCCAACAUACACAACAACAACAAUAUCCCCAUCUCCAGCAACAGCCACUACCACCACCACAACAUCAACAACAUUUUACUCAAUACAACACACAACAGGGAAGUAAUAUAUACAAUGGCAGUAAUUCAUUUGUGACCAAUAGCAACAACAACAGUUACAAUCCUGAUGAAGAUUUAAAUUUCGAUGAGAUUUUCGGUGCUUUAGAUGCAUUUGCGCCGGGGAAUAUAAGUGGUGGCAACAACAAUCCUAUUGACUAUCUAGCACCUUUUUGA